CACCAUCUUAUGUCACCGCGAUCCCCACGACCAAGUCUCAAAGCUUCUCCCUUCCCCUCUUCCUCUACCUCUUUAUUGCCCACCACCUCCACCUGUUAAAAAGACUUCAGACUUCACUCUCCUCUCUUCUUCUUCUCCAAUCCUGAUCACACCAAGCUGCCAAACUUCCAGUUACAUGGACGAAGGCGGAACUACUCGCGGACGAGGGCUCACCUUGAACACCUCCCCUCCUCUCUUUCUCUCACCUCCCUUGGACCACGGCGGCGAUCCCAGGCGCCCGCAGCCCAUGGAGUCCGAUCGAUAUCGCCACCGCAGCGGUGAGAAUCGUCCUGUCGUUAACGAGAUGGAUUUCUUCUCGGAUGAGCGGUGGAAGGCCGUCAGCAAAGUGGAGCCUGAUCUUGAUCUCAAGGUGACGAGGGAAGAUCUCACCAUCAAUACUGGAUUGAAUCUUCUCACUGCCAACGCCGGCAGCGACCAAUCGACGGUAGACGACGGGAUGUCGCCCGCCGAUGACUCCAAGGAGAACAAGAGUGAGCUGGCGGCCAUGCAGGCCGAGCUAGCACGCACGAAGGAAGAGAACCAGAAGCUGAACGAGACGCUGAACCAAUUGACCGCCAGCUAUAAUGCUCUUCAGAUGCAUCUCAUCGCGUUGAUGCAGCAGCAACACCAACCCAAAAGAGACCCACAGGCUCAUGAGGCGGCAGAUGAAAAAGGUCAGGCCACGAAUCACGAACAUGGAGGAGUUCUUGUGCCGAGGCAGUUCAUGGAUCUCGGUCCUGCUGCGGAAGCCGACGAGCCAUCUCACUCGUCGACGGCAAGCCGAGACCAGCCCUCUUCGCCGCCGGACAAUGUCGAAGUGGGAUCGAAGGACCGCCAGUUACACAAGCAGAUUGCUCGACCUGAUCGCGCAAAGUCUAGCAGGGAAGACAGCCCAGACCAAGGCUGGAACCCAAGCAAAGAUCCCAAGUUAUCCCCUUCCAAGAGCACGGAGCAAGUACAAGAAGCCAUCAUGAGGAAAGCUCGCGUAUCUGUUCGAGCACGGUCUGAAGCACCCAUGAUCACCGAUGGAUGCCAGUGGAGGAAGUACGGACAGAAGAUGGCGAAAGGAAACCCAUGCCCCCGGGCUUACUACAGAUGCACCAUGGCCACCGCAUGCCCUGUCCGCAAACAGGUGCAGAGGUGCGCGGAGGACCGUUCGAUCCUGAUAACGACCUACGAGGGCACUCACAACCACCCGCUCCCGCCGGCGGCCAUGGCGAUGGCGUCGACCACCUCGGCCGCAGUGUCGAUGCUGCUGUCGGGGUCGAUGUCGAGCCCCGAGGGGCUUAUGAACCCCAACUUCCUCGCACGAACAAUCCUGCCGUACUCGUCGAGCAUGGCGACCAUAUCGGCCUCGGCUCCCUUCCCCACCGUGACGUUGGAUCUCACUCACAACACCAACGCGCUGCAGUUGCAGCGGCCACCUGCCCAGUUCCCCCUCUCGUUCCCUGGUGUCGCUGCCACCGCUGCUGCUGGCUUCAUUGCGCCGUCGCAGAUCAUGGGGCAGGCGCUGCACAACCAAUCAAACUUCUCGGGGCUUCAGAUGCCUGUAGGGAUGGAGGCCGCGCACCUUCUGCACCCAAAAGCCCAGUCGGCGCUUCCGUCCACUCUUGCCGACACGGUGAGCGCUGCCACGGCGGCCAUAACAGCAGACCCCAACUUCACUGCUGCUCUCGCCGCCGCCAUCUCAUCAAUCAUCAGCGGGAAUCACCAGUCUGCAAGCAACUACGACGACAACAAGAGCAGCGCCAAUAAAACCAGCAGCGAUGGCAACAACAACAAAGACGACAACCCGUCCCGUUCCAAUUUUCGGGCCACCCAAUAGUCCUCUUCGAUCAUAAUCACAUCCAAACUUUUUAUCUAUUUUUCCCCGCAUUAUUCUUUGGUUUUGUGAAGAAAAAUCAUGCAAUGCAAUACAAUACGCCUUUCCUUCCUUU